AUGUUUACAAGAAUACUGAACACCAUUCGUGAAAGUAUUACAAAGAAUCCCAACAAUAACAAUCGUGCAAGCGCCAGUAGCAACAAUAAUCGACAUUCCUCUGAAAGCGAAUAUUCUGCUUCAGACUCUCGCAGACCAUCCAUCGCAGAAGAAUUGCAAAAUGAUAACCAUAGCAUGCUGUCCAAGUUCUCUGCUUCUCCAUCGAUGCCAUUAGGCAGAAAUAACUCUAUUUCUGAACCCAUUCCAAUUGGUAGUACAGCAGUUGCUUCUUCUACUGGUGGUGCAAAUGAAAAGAGACGUAGAUCAUCCACCUUGUUCGGGAUCUCCAAUGUCACUUAUGAUGAUUAUGUUCAAAAGGAUCUAAUUUCAAGCUCUUGGAGUUGA